UGCGCUAGGCAGAGAAUACCCGGACGUGAUGCCAGACCAACACCAAUCUACAGAUGCGCGUCAUCCCCUUGGCUGGUCACAUCAUCUCGGUCAUAACGCGUCGCCUCUUUUCCCCUGCCAUGUAACGCCGACCCACGACAGAUGGCAGGCACAUACAUAAAAGCCGGUUGGGGGCCUCUUCUUUGGGAAUCAACGUAACCCCUUCUUGCUCAGCAGGUUACGCCCAAAAGCCUCGCACUCCAGGAACAGCCCUGAGCAGUCGAGCCCCACCAUGCGCAGCACAAUCCUCUCCACCGCCUCGGCCCUCGCCCUCGCCCUCAACCUGGGCGGGGCCUGGGCCUCGAUCCGGAGCGAGGACGGCGAGGCGGCUCCAUUGGUGGCCCGCAGCUUCAUCGUCGAGUACGCCGGCGCCGGCGGCUCGUCGGCCAAGCAUCGGCGCCAGACGGCCGCAAUCGCGUCCACCGACGGCAUCAAGGUCGUCAAGGCGUUUGACAGCGAGAUCUUCACCGGCGCCAGCAUCGAGACCGAGACGUACAACGCCGAUGACCUCGAGCGCCUGCCCGGCGUGGUCCGAGUCUGGCUCAACGAGGAAGUCAAGCUGGCGCCUCUGCAAGACCAGCGCGCCGCCGCCGUCGAGGAUGCCCUUGAAUACACCACUCACAACGUCACAGGUGUUUCCAAGCUGCAUGCUCAAGGCUUGUUUGGAAAGGGUGUUAAGGUUGGUGUCGUUGAUACCGGCAUCUGGUACGACCAUCCUGCUCUGGGUGGUGGCUUCGGAGCCGGCUUCAAGGUCGCCGGUGGAUGGGACUUUGUCGGCGAUGGCAACUAUCCCAUAAGCGGCCCCAAGGCGCCCGAUGAGGAUCCGAUUGAUAGCAACGGCCACGGCACUCAUGUCGCCGGCAUUGUCGCUGGAAAGACAGAGGGUUGGACUGGAGUUGCUCCCGAGGCCGAACUUCAUGCCUACAAGGUUUUCUCCAACGCCGGUAGCACCGACUCGGCCACACUGAUCGAGUCGUUCCUCCAGGCUUACGAGGAUGGAAUGGACAUCAUCACUGCCAGCAUCGGUGGUGCCAAUGGCUGGUCAAACAACGCCUGGGCCGAGGUGGCCUCUCGUCUGGUCGAGGAAGGCGUCGUGGUGACAAUCUCUGCCGGUAACUCAGGUUCCAUCGGCCCCUUUUACGGCAGCUCCGGGUCUUCAGGCCGCAACGUCAUCGCUGUCGCAUCGGUCUCCACUGCGCUUCUCCCAGUUUAUCCCUUCGAGGCCACGUUUACCCCCGCCGGCGGUAGCUCCGAUACGGUCAAGGUCGGCUACAUCCCAGCCCGCGAUUAUUUCCCGCCCACCGUGGUCGACUGGCCCAUUGUGUCGCUCUCGCUUGACCCUACUGCCACCGCAGAUGGCUGCACCCCGUACCCGCCCGGUACGCCCAGCCUGCGAGGCAAGAUCCCGCUGGUGCGUCGCGGCACCUGCACGUUCCAGGUCAAGCAGGAAAACUUGGCCGCCCUGGGAGCGAAGUACAUCCUCAUUUACAACAACGAAUCUCCCAUCACGACUCCUGGCACAAGCAACUACACCACCCUGAUUGCCAUGAUUCCCGCCGAAUCGGGUGAAUCUAUCAUCGAAACUCUCAAGUCCGGUGGUAACGUAACGGCCGACUUUUCAUCUGUCCCUGAAAUCCCCAUCGGCCUGCCCUACUCCGAAGGCAACCGCCCCAACAUCUUCACUUCCUGGGGUGCUCUGUACGACCUACAGCUCAAGCCCGACAUUGCUGCGCCUGGAGGACAGAUCUUUAGCACCUGGCUCGACGGCUCCUACAACAUCAUCAGUGGUACGUCCAUGGCCUGCCCGUAUGUAGCCGGCGUCGCCGCCCUCUACAUCAGCGCCAAGGGUGGCCGCUCCGUGCAGGGCAAAGGGUUCGCACGCGUCCUGUCCCGACGCAUCAUCUCCAGCGGCGUGGCCCUGCCGUGGUCGGACGGCACGUCGCGCGACUACAACUUCGCCGCCCCUCCCGCGCAGGUAUCGACGGGCCUGAUCGACGCCUUCAAGGUGCUAGAGUACGACACGCAGCUCGAGUUCAACAAGAUGGAGCUCAACGACACGCGCUACUUUUCGCGCUACCACGACGUGACCGUCACCAACCAGGGCUCCGAGCCCAUCUCGUACAAAUUCUCCAGCCAGGCGGCCGCUGGCGUCGACACGAUCACUUGGGCCGCCGCGGCGGUCGGGUCGGGCGUCACGCAGCGCAUCCGAACCUUUGACCAGCUCACCCCGCGCGCCUACGAGCCUGUCGUCAGCCUGCCGCGCGACUUCACCCUCGGGCCCGGCGAGUCCAAGCGCGUCAGCGUGAACUUUGGCAACCCAGACACGCUGGGCUGGAACGCGUCGGCGUUGCCGCUGUACGGUGGCAAGGUGGUCGUGGCGGGCAGCAACGGCGAGGUGCUCUCGGUUCCGUACAUGGGUGUCGGGGCGGACUUGAGGAAUCAGGUCGGGUCGAUCGUCGAGAGGGGUUUCCCUUAUAUUACCUCUGAACGCAACAGCACUCUUAUUCAGGACAAGAACUGGUUCUCUUUCAACUUGAGCCUGGGCGCACAAGACUUCCCUAGGUCCAACCUCAAGCUCCUCUGGGGUACUCGCCAGAUUCGCUGGGAUAUCUUCGAAUCGACCUGGACCGAGCGCAACUGGGUGUACCCUCCGGUGGUUGGCCAAAACGGCUACGUGGGCACGGCGACCCAGCACGUCAGCUCGAGCGCGGGCGGGUCGUUCGACCCGUCCCGCGACGACCCGGACCAGACCUCGCCGUUCCCCAUCUACGACGUCGCCCGCACCCAGCUCGCCAGCGUGUACCAGUUCUGGUGGCUCGGCAAGCUCGGCAAUGGGUCGCAGAUCGCAGAGGGCCGCUACACGAUGCGCUUCGCGGUGCUCAAGCCCUUUGGGAACCCCAGGGCCGCUGAUAAUUGGGAUGUCCUCAGGACGCCUGUUUUUGAGGUUCGUGGCAAGUACUGAGAUCUGGCCUUUGUGCUUUUUAUGUAUUCUUAGGGAGAAGGGUUGGCCGCGCAAGUUUAUAUCAAACCUUUGGAUGUUGAAAAGCCUCUUGCAUGGCGCAUUUUCUGGAGUGAAGUAUCCCUGUAUAAUCAUGUUGCGUAGGUAUUCAGAUGAAUGUAUCAUGAGUCCUAUAGUCUAUGGAAAGAGGCUAGGAAAUACCUUGAG